AUGUGCACUCAGUUCUGCCGCGGCAUCACCACUGCUGCUGUCAUACUGGCGAUGUUCCUCUGCCGGAUUUGCUCCGCCGAGGAGCAGCCAGGUUCCUCCGGUGGACCCGGUCUCCUAGAAUCUUGCAAUGUCACCGCCGACGGACGGGAGUUCUCCUGCCGCGGGGCUGGUUUCUUGUCCAUCCUGGAGCCUCUCGAUGUCACUGUGCUUCCAUCCACAAAUAAAUUUAAUCGUAGCGAUUAUGAGGAUUUGAAAAAGCUACGAGUUUUGGCAGAGAUAAGUGAAUUGAAAUGCCGAUAAAAUAUCGGUUUUGAUAAUAAAGAAUGCCACUAAAGAAUCUAACACGCUAUGAUCGAUCUAAAAAUUAAUUGUUAUCUCUGAUUGAGACACAAAUUAAUAAAUUUAAUUUUUUCUCUUCUCCUUUAUCUUUUUGCAAACUUCGUUAACGAAAGUUUUAACAUUUGAUAUUCUUAUAUCUUCGAUAGCGAUAUAAUAAUCUAACGUGCAUAGAAUGAAAAGUUCAAUCUCGCUUGAUGAAACUUCUGCCUCUACAAUUGGAUCUACAAAGUGAUAAAGAAUGGAAUUCAGGGAGUAAGAGAGCAAGAGAUUGCCCAGGAAGUAAGUUUAGUAAGAAAAAUUAGAGCGAGGUAAAACGCUUUUCAUUGGGAAUCUAAUAUAAAAACUUUGCGGAAUAUACCACUGUCACGGUGAAAACUUGAAAUAAGAAUUUCCGGCGAACGAAUAUCGUGCAAG